AAGAAAGAAAGUGAGAAGAGAGAAGGAAGGUAUAGCAUAGAAGAAGCAAUCGUAUUAUCUUGCACUGCAUUGGAUCGCAUCGCUGGAACAUAACACAACACAACUCUUAUUUAUUUAAUUUGACUCUCUCUCUUAUUUUCUCUCUCCGUGAUUACUUCUUAAUCAUCAUCAUCAUCUUCUUCUCUUCUAUUCUCUUCUUUUCCUUCCUCUGUUUCCUUUCACAACAAUUCUCCUUCCAGAUUCCAGCCUUAACUGUUCGCAAUGUCUUACGCAUACCUCUUCAAAUAUAUCAUCAUCGGGGACACUGGAGUUGGAAAGUCCUGUCUCUUACUUCAAUUCACGGACAAGCGCUUUCAACCUGUCCAUGACUUGACCAUCGGUGUUGAAUUUGGUGCCAGGAUGAUCACAAUUGAUAACAAGCCAAUCAAGUUGCAAAUAUGGGAUACGGCUGGUCAAGAAUCAUUCAGAUCUAUUACUAGGUCUUAUUAUAGAGGGGCUGCUGGUGCACUGCUUGUUUAUGAUAUAACCAGGAGAGAGACAUUUAAUCACUUGGCUAGCUGGUUGGAAGAUGCAAGGCAGCAUGCAAAUGCAAAUAUGACAAUUAUGCUGAUUGGCAACAAGUGUGAUCUUGCUCAUAGACGGGCAGUAAGCACAGAGGAAGGCGAGCAAUUUGCAAAGGAGCAUGGGUUGAUAUUCAUGGAGGCCUCAGCAAAAACUGCUCAGAAUGUUGAAGAGGCAUUCAUAAAAACAGCUGCAACCAUAUACAAGAAGAUUCAAGAUGGAGUUUUUGAUGUAUCAAAUGAGUCUUAUGGAAUUAAAGUAGGAUAUGGUGGAAUUCCUGGACCUUCUGGAGGUAGGGACGGCCCUUCUGCUGCUGCUGGAGGCUGCUGCAGUUGAAUGGAAGAUAUCAGAAUCAAUUUGCAUCAAUAUAGUCCUUUAUGUAUUCUCUUCUUUUCUAUAUUUUGGGUUUGGAUAUGAAAGAUUAAAUGUUCUGUCCAUUGAUAAAAUCAGAUAAUUGUAUAAUGUUUUCUUUUAAUCUUGUCUUUGUUUCUUUGACUUGAACUGAUUAUUUGUCUAUAGUUGUGUGCAUAGUUAAUUGAUAUGUUGUUUCAUUCUU